AGAGCAGCGCGUGAGCAAACCCGUGGCCUUCUCUCGGUGGAAGCUCGCGGAAGGAGCACGAGCGUGUCUCAUCGCCCCACGACUUUCACGCGCUCCAACAUGGAGGACUCGAGUAGUUGACGUUUUACCAACCUCUUCUUUUACUUCUUCACUUCCGCUCCCGCCCCUUUCUUCUGUCCGGACCGAACCGAACCGUAUAUCUGGACGGAACUUCCGCGCGCAAGACUCAGACAUGAAGUUCAUCAUCGGUAUCGGAGGGGUCACUAACGGGGGUAAGACCACCCUGACGGAGCGUCUGUGUGGUGUCCUGCCCAACUGCUGUGUGGUGCAUCAAGACGACUUCUUCAAGCCCCAGGAUGAGAUCGAAGUCGGGGACGAUGGCUUUAAGCAGUACGAUGUGAUCACAGCUUUGGACAUGGAGGCCAUGAUGAGCACCAUCUACGCCUGGCAGGAGAACCCGGUGAAGUUUGAACGCUCUCACGGUGUGGAGAGCACGCUGGAUCAGGAGAUCCUCCCUCGCUCUGGAGACGACGAGGACGAAGGUGUGCACAUCCUCAUCGUGGAAGGGUUCCUGCUCUACACCUACGGGCCCCUGAUUGACGUGUUUGAUCAGCGGUUGUUUAUUUCCAUCCCGUAUGAAGAAUGCAAAAAGAGAAGAUGCUCAAGGAACUACGCCGUGCCUGACCCCCCGGGUCUGUUCGAUGGUCAUGUUUGGCCGAUGUACGUCAAACACAAGAAACAGAUGGAGGACAUGGGAGUGGAUGUUGAGCAGCUUGAUGGAACUCUGUCGAAGAUGCAGCUGUUUAACAUGGUGUAUGGAGACGUCAUCAACAACAUCCAGGACCGAAUGAGGUCUGUUGAUCAGCACUAAGUUGCAGAAGGAGGAAUAUGAAGUCAUCUCUGCCGCAGAAACGUGUGUGUGUGUGUGUGUGUGUGUGUGUGUGUGUGUGUGUGGUCUCAGACUGGCUCUGCGUUGACUGUUACCUGCUUUGGCUCUUUUAUACCUCUUGUAUCUCCUCCAUAUUUAUUUGCUGUAUGAAGAAAGUGACGCUCUGGAGAAUCAACACUCCUCAAUAAACACCUCACUCCUA